AUGAGUUCUGGUAUGAAGUUCUGUCCAGAAUGCAACAACAUGUUGCAACCCAAGGAGGACCGACAGCGUCAGCAGCUCAAGUUCCUCUGCCGACGCUGUGACUUCUUUCGGUACGCAGAAGGAACGUUUGAAGAAAAUUGCGUUGACAGAAUCAACUUCAGCUACAAGUCAAAGUGAGCCAUCGGGCAACUCUCCUUUACAUCCUGCGCAAUUCGCUUCAGGGAAGAUAUGAUGAUUUCUCCAGACCUCUCUCAAGACCCCACUUUGGGUCGUGUGCCAGAUUGGCGCUGCCCAGCGUGUGGUAACUUGGGGUGUGUCUUUUUCCAGCUUCCUGAGAGAGUUGCAGAAGAUGCGAUGACGCUAGUCUACGUUUGCACCAAGAGCGGCUGCGGCCACUCCGUGAAGCAGGAAUCUGCACAUGAUAUGGACGCAGAUGCGGAGGACAGUCCUGACGGGUUAGGGCGAGUCAAGUCUGUGGGCUUCUCUGAAGUUAAGCCGCUACCAGCAGAUGAGCUAGGGGAGCAUGUGCCUCCAGAUGCAACCGUUGGAGUUGAUGCAAAAGGUGAAGCAGAGAGGGACCUUGAUAUUGAGGGAGAUGCGGAUCUAUUCGGCGAUGAUCGCGCCUAUGGAUACAACAACGAAUUAGAAGAGGAAAUCGCGCAGAAUGACGAAUUUGAUCAGGAAAUUUUUGGGAACGAACUUGAGCAGGAAAUCGCAUUAGAAGGAGAGGAUGUGGAUGGAAACUUAGGAUUUGGACGUCCUUAG